AUGACACCACCUCCACUUUUACAUCUAAUUCCACCACUUGCACCACCACAUUUACUACCUCCACAACCACCGUCACCACCACUACCACAACCACCACAUCCUCCUCCUCCUCAUCCUCCGCCACCACCACCACCUCCAACAUCACCUCCUCCUCAUUCACCACCACUGCCGCCACCACCACCACCACCAUCACCACCACCACCACCUCAACCUCCACCUCCACCUCCACCACCACCACCACCACCUCCACAACUGCAAUCCCCACCACCACAACCAUCAACUUCGCCUUCAUCUCCACCACCAACUCCACUCCAUCACUAUCACUACCACUACCACCACAUGAUUAGUGCAUAA